AUGACAGACUCAAAGGUUUGGCUGAUCACCGGGACAACCUCAGGCAUGGGGGCUGCCAUGAUGGAGCAGUUCGCCGCACGAGGCGACCGGGUGAUAGCAACUGGGCGCAGCGCAAGCAUCAGACUCGCAGACAAGAGGUCGAACAGCAUUGUCCCUUUGGAUUUGGAUGCUACUGCCCCACUAGCUGUUGUCAGAGAACAGAUCGAAAAAGCCAUCCAGGUCUUCGGUCACAUCGACUUUGUUGUCAAUAAUGCCGGCAUCUCAGUUCCUCAGACGAUUGAAGAGGCAGACGACGCCUUCACCCAAAAGAUGCUUGAUACCAAUCUUAUUGGUGCAAUUAGGCUUGUGCAGGCCGUCCUUCCUCAUUUCAGAGAGAGGAAGGCCGGUACUUUCGCCUUCAUUGGCUCUGCAAUGGGCUGGCAAACCUUCCCGUUCUUUACCCAUUAUGGUAUCACAAAAGCCGGCCUCUCUAUUUUUGCCGAGAAUCUCCAAAGAGAAACCGCCCACUUGGGACUGCGGACCGUUGUUUUCGAGCCCGGAGCCUUCGUGGCCGGCAUUGGGCAGACAAGGACCGCGGCUGACGAGGGUCUCGGAGGGGCACCUAGCAUCCCCGACUACCAAGGCUUGUUUGGGGAGAUAAUGGGAAAGUUUUCCUCGCCGGAAAUGGCGGAAAGUAUUCCAUCUACCGUUGAGAAGCUCCCUUCGGCUGUUUGGGAUGUAGUCAAAAGCGAGGGUAUGGCUUCCGGGAAGCCAUUCCCUAUUCGGGUACCUUUGGGCCUCGAUGCGCUGGCCGUAGUCAGACAGAAGUGCUACGAGCAGCUCAGGCUGUGCGAUGAGUGGGAGAAGGUUGCCCUGAGCACGACAAAAGAUGGUGCGGAUACUAUCCCGAACAAAUAUCUCCUGGAAAAGAUGUCUAUUAUGAAUUUGGCCAAGUAG